AUGAUGCUUCCCGCUCCAGGGAAGUAUUCUACAGUUAUUCACAGUCGAAAACUGGACCUAUCAUAUAUUUUGCCCAAUCUUGCAGCCUGUUCUGGUCCUACAGACAACAAAGCUAAAGUAUGUGCUAAUCACAUAGUAGACUUGGUAGAGGCGUUAAAUCGUAACCAUGGGAAAAGCAACUGGAUGAUCGUGAACCUGAGAGAAGAAAAAGUGGGCUAUGAUCCUUCAUUAGUGACAGAUAACGGAGGGGAAUUCUUAUACAGACCAUUCAAAGACCAUAGUCCUAUUCCCUUGUUCUCCUUGCUGGAAACUAUAGUUAAGAUUGAGGAAUUCCUUCAGCAAAGUCCAAACAAUGUGGUAGUCGUACACUGCAAGCAUGGCAAGGGAAGGACAGGAAGCAUAAUCGUGGCAUAUCUGAUGUUCAAAUUUGGACUAUGUUUUCGAGAAGCCAAUGCUGUAUUCCAAGAACGCAGGAGAGCUUUCCGUACAGGUAUCACCAUCCAGUCUCAAAUUCGUUACAUGCAUUAUUUUGAGUUCUUCUUACAGGAUAAGAAGAGACAGCAAUUCUAUCGGCAGUUGUUGAAAAGCGAAUUCCGUGCAAUAGAUGUUAAAAUCAGGAUAGUUAACCCUAGUCGCUCAUUGCUCGAUAACGCGAAAGACAUGCUUGUGACCAUCAACGGAGAGAAAGCAUGCUCACAGGAGGUUGAAAAUAUGCAACUCACAUACUACUGUCCAGUUUCUUGUGAACCGGAUAUGGUCGUCCAAUUCAAUUUCAAUCUAAAUUCGAUUUUACAAGGAUUGGGUCGAGUCUGGAUCAACGUUAUUAUGGAAUACAAGUACCAGUAUUUGGCCUCCAAACAGUCAUUCAAUUAUUUUGAGCGACCAAAGUCCAAGGUGAAGAAAAAUCCAACUCAGGUCGCUCAUUGUGUAAUCACAAUUCCUUGGUCUGAACUCGAUGGAUUCAAAGGAACUAAGAACAAGGGGGUCAAGCUUCUGGAAUGCGUGGAGAUUGAAUUUACCGCUACUUUGAAGAAUACAGAAGAUAUUGUUUCCAUUCAACGCCAGGUUGCCUUGGCUGGUAUGCUAGGCAUGAAGAAAUAA